GUCGAAACACUGGGAGCGAGGUCGAAGCGACAGACAUUCCAGGACAAAUUGCUCGCCUGGGCACGUAGAACAACGGGUCUGACGCAAUCUCCCCUUGUCGAUCGAACGGACCGGAAAGCUAUCACAGUCCGAGGUACAUGAUAAUACGGAUAACCUAGGACAUACCAAGACAAUUCCACCUGCACUACGUACGGAUACCAGCUAGGGGUAUAUUACGACAUGUCUGGCCUGAAUCAGGCAUCCCCGUCAGUCCGGCUACCAACCCCACCUACAGCCAAUCGGCCCCGGACACAGGAAACGGGCUCGUUAGCCACGUCUUCUUCCUCUGAAGCCACGGUCCCGCCUCCAGCUCCGAGUCGACCUACCUGGGCUACGAUCGCCGAUGACGAGCUGGACGGCGACAUUGAAGCUGAAGGCGACGCCGAUAUGGACUCGGGAACGAGGUCAAGAUCGGAAGUAGACCAGGAUCAGGAAGAAGGGAUGAGGGGGAUGAGCGACGAGAUGACGGACGCUGUCGGGGGGUUGAUGCAGAUGGCAGGCGGUGGAACCGGACCAAGAUUGGACGAGGCGGUGGAAAACGGGGAAGACGAACUGGGAGACGAGCAAGAGGAGGAAGAGGACGAGUUGACCGUCGAUCCCGAGGUAGAGCCGGCAGGGAACGGGGGAAGAGGACGUGGCCGACGAGGAGGUGCGGCACAGGCUGGAGGGUCAGGUAGAGGCAGGCGAAAGACGGAUGGGACGACCGGUCCGAAAAAGGCCGCCAGAAAGUCGGCUGUCAAACCGCUCGUAACUACCACUCCGGCUACCAGCUUGACCCCUGCAAUCGUGGUCCCCGGCGAAGAUGAACUCGCCGGCCCGAACCCGGUCGACUCGAUGGAGGUAGACGAGAUCGCUGACGAAGACGCCAUGUCGACAAUCACCGCUUCGACCGCCCUUGACGUCCCUGGCGCAUCAGGAUCGACAUUGACGGCUACGGGCAAGAAACGGCGUGGAGGGAAAGGUGGACCUGGAACAGGGAGAGGCAGGAAGAAGAUUGACCCUGACGCGACCAAUGAAGAGGUCGAGGGUUCGGUACCGGGGACACCGGUCUCGACGAGUAAACCAGGUGGAAGGAAGAAGAAGGCUGUCCCUGCGCCGCCUUCGAAUGCGGGGGAUGGGAUCGGACCGGGACCUGGAGGAGUCACCAAGAACCAGCCGCAGUACCAUGUCAUGAAAAAGGACGACGGCGAGAUGUGUGGCAGGGCGGAUAUCCAGUUCGACUUCCUCGAGGCGGUUUUCACGGACUCGACAAAGGCAUUCUCGGCCCCUCAGAUCCCCUUUCAUCCUCGACCGCUUCCACCAGAGACAAAGCUCACGUUUGGCGAACUCUACUGUUACACCCUCUCUGGAUCGCCUCGAGCGACAAAAUCCAGCAAAGAAGCGUUGUUGGGCUUGGAGCCGGGAACCUUGCCGGGAAAGAACAAGGCGGGGACGACGGCGGCACUAGCCGCAAAGAGGAAGAAGGAGGCCGCUUCGAACGGACAGGAUCUUACCAAGGUCGAGCAUGUAUCAGGACUGGCCUCGGUUGCGGGAAGCGUCAAUGGUGCGGCAGGGGACGAGGCUUCGCAAGCGGGUGGCGAUGAGGGCGAAGAAGUCGAGAAUUACGAGGGGCUCAAGGAAGGGUUGUCGAGAGUGUGCAUGAUGAUCAAUGUUGGACGGAUAAACACAACGUUUGCUUUCUAUCCACUGAUGCGAACCAUGCUGCGCUCGUAUCACUCGAUCCCGUCACUCCAAAAGACGCAGGCAACCCGGAGAGCGCUGCAAGACGCACCCCGGCUCAAAAUCAUGCUCAAGGCUGUGUUACUCGAACAUGAGGAUAGCAAGACGGCUCCUACCGGGCUUAAAGAAAUCUGGGAACGAGGCGAGACCGGGAGGAGUCCUGUCACCAGUAUCUCUAAUCUCCUGCUCGCCUUCGCCCUCCGACCAGAACCAGCGCACGAAAAGUUCUUCCGCGACUACCCCAAUUACGUCAACAUGUUGACGCUUUUCACGCCUUUACUCAUCAAAUCUUCCGAGCGAGCCAGGGCGUUCCUAUAUAUCAUUUACCACUAUCUCGAGGCUCACGGAUCGCCAAACCCAUUCGCUGAAGAAGGUCAACCAGACAAGUUACCCACGCUCAACAUUCUGUCGCAAGAAGAGUACGACGCCCUGGGUGAAAAUAUCGAUACUCCCGAAGAGAUCCAGUUCGGUAUCGAGAUGAAGGCGCAAAGGCUACAAUGCGUCGCCGAGCUCGCUCAGCAGAAAGACGAGGAAGAGCGGGUCAAGGCGGACCCCGAUCUCGCCGCUGCGGCUGAUGCAGCAUUGUCCCGCGAAAACACCAUGUGGCCCAAGCCUAAAAAGGCAAGAGGACCGGCUGCAAACGGCAAGAAGAGGAAGAGGUUGAGCGAUGGACGACCCGGUGAUGCCAGCGACUUUCUCACGCACGAACAGCUCGACCGGGAUCCCGAGCGACAUGACACAAUCAGCCACGACGGGUCGAGAAUGACACGAGAAUACUCUGAUGUUCAAGAGACCAAAUAUGUUCCGCGGUAUACGCCCUCCACGGACGACGACUGGGCCAGCGGUGUCGAGACUUUGGGUCUGGACAAUGCCACUGUGCAGGAACUAAUUAACCAGGUGAACAAGGAAUCAUACCACUGGAACACGGCGGGAAUUCCCCCACAAACACGAGGAUCGUUCACCUAUACUUCACCUGAGCACCAUCAUUAUACGCCUUCGCGGCAUAUGUCGAUUGAAAUACCGGCACCACCUCUUGCAUACGCAGAGACACAUCGAACACCUCCACCUCAGCAACAGCCUCCCAAAACGCACUCUUUGUCUUCGCUACUCAAUUAGUCAUCGCCCAGCUUGAGCAAGCAGAGAAACGUUGUAUUACAGAGCCACUCCAUCAUCACAUCGCAUUAUCGUAAGCAAAGGGAAGAAGUGAACCGGGAUCACGUGACCAGUCGGUUGAGCGACGAGUGAUUGUGACGAAUAUGCCUCGGGAACGUCUGAAUGCCCUUAGUUUAUUGAAUUUAUCUUAGUAUCGUCAUACGAAU